AAUAUAUUCAUUAAGUUUUUAUCAAAAAUAUAUAUAUCACAAACUUAAGUAUAUUGAUUCGUGGAAUAUUUUGUAAUGCAUUUCUAUAUUAAUACUUCUUCCCAGAUUAGAAAUAAUAUUUAAUUGUUAUUUGUAACCGUGAAGGCUACCUAUAACAUUACCCAAUUAAAAAUCACAAAACAUCGCGUGGUUGGAGUUACAUCAUCUGGGGUUAUCGGUUGGUCAGGGGUACUUAUUCAAGGAUUACUCUCACACAAAAAAUGUGUUAAUCAACUAAAUAACCUCAUAUUAUAUUAAUAUGUAGUCAUUUGUCAAUCAAAUAACAUUUAAAAUAAUUAACCCAUAGAUAAGUAACUCCGGCCACACAAUUACAAAACACUGAAUAAAAAUAGGGUAAGCAUUAAGGAAUAAAGGGAGUACGGACUCAUACUUAAAUUUGCGCCUAACCCAGUGUAACCGUGUCUCAUUAUUCCUCACUAAUCAAGUAAUCACUGUUGUGAUUUGCGGCUUAUGUCCUGUACUAGCUCAAACUUCCUUCUAUGUUCAAAUUCAAUUGCCACAAACUUUUUCUUCAAAUCCCUCUUUCUAUAAACUUCAGAACUUUUUUUUUGACACAAUUUUGAUUAAAUGGUAGUAGGAAUCUGAACCAUUUUAUUACAGAUUUACAGAGUAUGAUCAUACAAUAUCUAAUUCAAUGAUCACACCACUUCGAAUAAUACUGUCCAAAUUCUCAAUACCCCAUCAAACUAUCUCAAACACCAAGCAAUUACAUGGCAUGAUUGCUAAAACCCAUCUUUCUCUUGACCCUUUUUUUGCCACUAAAAUCAUUAGAUACUAUGCUCUCAAUGGUGAUCUUACCUCUGCACACCAACUGUUCGCUGAAAGUCCUCAAAGAAGCAUUUAUCUUUGGAACUCCAUUAUUAGAGCUUAUGCUCAAGUUCAUGACUUUAAGAAUGCAUUUCAUCUUUUUAAUCAGCUGCUUAGGUCUGAAUUAUGUCCUGAUAAUUUUACGUUUGCUUGCAUUUUACGCGCUUGUUAUGAGAAUAAUGAUGUUGAGGGUGUUAGGCUUGUUCAUGGUGGGUUGGUAGUUUCUGGGUUGCAAAUGAAUUCAAUUUGUGGUAGUUCACUUGUGAAUGCUUAUUCAAAGCUUGGGUUUGUUGAUGAUGCUAGUAAAGUGUUUAAUGGUGUAAUUGAUCCUGAUUUGGCUACGUGGAAUUCGCUUAUACAAGGUUAUGGGUAUUGUGGAAUUUGGGAUGAAGGGUUGAAGUUGUUUAAUGCCAUGAGGAAUAUGGGGAUUCAACCGGAUGGAUAUGCGGUUGUAGGUUUGCUUUCGGCUUUGAAUGAGCACAGGUUGUUGCAAAUUGGCCAGGGAAUUCAUGGGUUAUGUGUAAAGAGUGGUUUUCUUUUGAAUGAUCAUGUUGGUAGCUCACUAGUCACCAUGUAUUCUAGAUGUGAGUGCUUGGAUUCGGCGCAGGGAGUCUUGUACAGCUUAUCUAAACCGGAUAUAGUCACUUGGUCCGCAUUGAUUACAGGGCUUGCAAAUUCAGGGGACAUCUAUAGAGCAUUUUUGUUAUUUAGAGAGAGGAAUGUGGAAGGUAUGAAGGCUGAUCCUGUGUUGCUUGCUAGUGUUCUGGCUGCUUCUGUUCGAUUGGGUCAUGUUGGGCCUGGCUGUGAGGUACAUGGUUAUGUUCUUCGACAUGGAUUGGAGAUAGAUAUCAGGGUUGCUUCCGCUCUCAUAGACAUGUAUUCAAAGUGUGGUUUUGUGGACUUGGCCAUUCAGGUUUUGAAUGUCCUUCAUAGGCAAAACAUCAUUAUAUAUAAUGCCGCUAUACUGGGUCUUGGCUCCCAUGGAAAUGCUGAGCAGGCAUUUAGAUUGUUUGAUGAAGCUAUAGAGAAAGGAUUAAUUCCUGAUGAAUCCACAUUUUCUGCUCUUCUUCAUGCUUGCUGUCAAUCUGGUCUUGUCAGAGAAGGGGAGGAAUUUUUCAGCAGAAUGAAGGAUGAAUUUGGUAUUAAACCUAGAAAUGAGCAUUAUGUUCACAUGGUUAAGAUCCUGGGAAUGGCUGGAAAAUUAAAAGAGGCGCAUGAAUUUGUCUUGUGCUUGUCUGAACCAGUUGACGCCGGUGUUUGGGGAGCACUAUUAGCAUGUUGUGAAAUGCAUGGAAAUUUUGCUCUUGCAGAAGUUAUCCUGCAGCAUGUCUCUGAAAAUCAAAUGCAUGAAGGUUCUCACUCAAUUUUGCUCUCCAGAAUCUAUGCAAAUCACGAAAGGUGGGAUGAUGUGGAGAAGUUGAGGGAAGAUACGCGUGAUAGUGGGCAAAAGAAGCUACCUGGGUUCAGCUGGAUAGGAGGAAAGAUCUCUUAGCAAUUUAGCAUGUGGCACCUGAAGGUGAUUACUGUCUGAGAGGAGCUUUAAAGCGAGAACAAGAACAGUGUCCAACUUAUUCCCCAACAGAGUAGACUUUUUCAUACAAGACAAAUGAGAUGAAAGUCCUACUGUAUUAGUUUACAUUUUGACAUGAAAUUCUUAAUUAAAGCAUGCAUGAUAGAACAACUGUUGAAUAGAGGUCAAAUUUGCAAGUGAGAACAUGCAUCUUCAGGCCAGUGAUCAUAGCAUCAGCAAGACAGCAACUGACCAAACGAACAACAAAUAGCUCGACUCAUGAAGGUAAUUAUGUCCGUUCAGUUCUUGAAUGGGGUUCCUAAACUCCAUCGCUCUUGCCAAAGGUGGCUCAUCAUUAGAAGUGAGUUCAUUUAAUUUUCUGACAUGAGAUUUUUCUUGUAAAUUUACCUAUAAACUCAUUACCAUUACCACCAACCAACCAAACAACAGUUAAAGAAAGCACAAAGAAAACUAUUUGGUCACUUGUUUUCCUCAGUGUGGAAAGAUUGAAUGGUCAAAUAUUUUAUCUGCUUUCUCACUGGAAAAAUCCACCUUUUGUGAUCAAAUUCAAAACAACACAUAAUGCAAUAUGAUUAAGUCAACCAUUCUAUAAGAGCAAUCCAUCAUUCAUUAUUUCAUAGUAGGAUUGGUGGAGUAUAUUUGAUAUUUCCUUAUCUUUUGAAGAUGCAAAAGAUACAAGCAAAGUUGGUGGCAUCAGCUCUAGCACUGUUCUUUCUACUGGCCGGCUUUGCACCGGGUUUUUCAUCAGCUGUUGACUUGCAGGAAUCUUUGUGGCUCGUGAAACACUACGAAGCAGGUGUUUCUACAAUGCUUGUCCGUGCUAGUCACAUGGCACGGAGAAGUCUGAGAACAAAGACGCCAAGUUAUCCACCAUCACCAAUCUCCCAGACACGGACAAAUCCCGGGCAGCCGGGCCCAACCUCCUUCACCAUCUCUGAGAAGUUGGUGUGAGUAUUAGCUUUCACAUUGAUGUUUAGCGUGAUGACAAGUUUAUUAUAAAUAAGCAAUGUACGUAUUGUCUCCUUUUCUUGUUGAUUUCGUAUAAUUAAGGUGUGUAUUCUGUUCUUAAACCUGAUCCUGACGCUGAUUUUGUUUAAGGGGCUGCUCAUAGUUGAAUGUACUCUAUGAUUUUCUGAUUUUGUCCGUGCUAUUGAAAAAUCUUGACUU